AUUCAUUCAUUCAUUCAUUCACAAAACUAUUACUGAAUUCUUCAUAUAUACCCACUUGUUAUCAUCUUCAUCAAUCCAUCAAGAACCCUAAAACCGUUCAGAAUCUUGAACAACUAUUACAGUAUCGUAUCCGUUUCUUGUGUGUUUUCAUUCUGAAAACAACAGACUACAAUGACGACUACUAAGCCACUUCCCAAAGGCAUGCAAUUAUGUUCUUCUCCUCCUGGUGAAGCGAAUUCACCCAGUCUAAACGCAUUAUUAACGAUGAUACCUAUAUUGAGUGUAACUGACCAAGAUUCUCUUCCGAUCACAUUCGAUCAACUUCUCAACGAACCCGAUUUAUCCACAUUUGUUGAGCCUGUUUAUGGAUUGUACCAAAAAGAGAUUGAAGUUCGCCGUAAAAUGAUUGCAGAUUCGAAGAAGCAACAAGAUGAAAAAGAUGGUGUAGAGACUCAAGAUCAUGUACUCGAAAACCCUAAUGAAUCGUCUAAAGGUGUUGAUCAAAAUGAUAUGAAAGAAGCAAGAAAUGAAGUUGUUGAAAAUCUUGAUGAAAAAUCUACAGUUUCUGAGCAUGAUUCUGUUGAGUUUAAUGAUAUGCAACAAGAUAGAAACAAUGAAGGUGUGAAAAACCCUAAUGAUAUGAAGGAACCAAGUAAUGAAGAUGUUUCUGUUGAUAAGAAUGAUAUGGAUCAAGACAUAAAAGUUGAAGGUGUGGAGAACCCUAAUGAUCAUAUGCAAGAACUAAGAAAUGAGGAUGAUCCACCACAAAAUGUUGAAGAUCCACAACAAGAUGUUGUUAACCCGGUUGAAGAUCCACAACAAGUUGUUGUAAACCCGGUUGAAGAUCCACAACAAGUUGUUGUAAACCCGGUUGAAGAUCCACAACAAGAUGUUGCAAACCCUGCUGAAGAUCAACAACAAGUGAGAAAUCAAGAGCCACAAGAUCUUAAUCUAGACCUUAAUAAUGAAAGAUUGUGGCCUUCACUUGGUGUAGCCGUUCCUAUGAUUAGAGCUCAGAGAAUAAGACCUGGAAGAAGGAUGUAAACCCUCAUUCUCAUUAGUGUUUGUUUUAGUUGUAACCUUAGAACAAUUCGAUGAAGAACCAAUCAAACCGGCUCACAUAUAUGUUGUAAUAGUGUUGCUAUCUUAGAGGUAAGUGUAAAAAAUCAUACUUCAAUUCGAUUCUUGUUUUUUUGUAUGAAAUUUACCUAAUAAUCCAAGCAACAUCUUCUAUUUUAUA